CCGAGUCUCCCCGCUGCCCUUCGUUGUAGGUUGCGAAGAUGGCACAGUCCCCUCGUGUGCCGCUGCUGCUGGCAGACUAGAGCUUGAAGGGGCGCGACGCACACCGCUGCUGCUGCGCUGUUCCAUGCUUCAGGCAGACCCGAGGCAGUGACGCUCUCCUCUUCGGAGGGGCCGUACAAUGCAUGUUAUGAAUUGUCUCUCCUUGGUCAAUGACAAAGAAAAUGGGGCUAUCUCGGUCGCAACAGGAUUGAUGAGCGAGGACCCGACGGUGGCAUCGCACCUCCCCUCGCCUGCUGCGGCGCCGCCGCCCCCUGCGCCAUGUCCCCCGGCGGGGGCACCCCCUGCCCCGCCGCUGCCCCCGGGGCUGCCGCCGCCACCCCCGCCGCCCCCACCGCUGCCGGGACCGACCCCCCCUCUGCCUCCGCCGCUGACCAACGGGCACGACAGCCACAGCAGAAAGAAGCGGAUGCGGAGCUUCUUCUGGAAAACCAUCCCCGAGGAGCAGGUCCGUGGCAAAACCAACAUCUGGACGAUCGCGGCGAGGCCGCAGUAUCAGAUCGACACGAAGACGAUCGAGGAGCUUUUUGGGCAGCAGGAAGAAACCAAGCCCCAGGACACCAGAAGCCGGUCUUUAAAGUCUUCGUUUAAGGAGACUAAAGAGGAGGUUUCCAUUUUGGAUGCAAAACGGAGUAUGAACAUUGGGAUAUUUCUCAAGCAAUUCAAAAAGUCUGCUGAAUCCAUCAUUGAAGAUAUUUAUCAUGGAAGAAGUGAGCCCUAUGGUUCUGAAAUGCUGAAUGAAUUUCUUAAAUUGUUACCAGAAGCAGAGGAGGUAAAGAAAUUAAAAGCCUUUGAUGGAGAUGUAUCAAAACUGUCUCAAGCUGAUUCCUUCAUGUAUUUACUAAUCCAGGUGCCAAAUUACGCUCUUAGGAUUGAAGCCAUGGUGUUAGAGAGGGAGUUCUCACCCUCCUGUGCUUCUCUGCAGGAUGACAUGAAAAUUAUAAGACGGGCAACAAAAGAGUUAAUGACUUGUGAGGAGCUGCAUUCCAUAUUGCACUUGGUCCUCCAGGCUGGGAAUAUUAUGAAUGCGGGAGGUUAUGCUGGCAAUGCUGUUGGAUUUAAACUGUCGUCACUGCUCAAGCUGGCGGACACAAAAGCAAACAAACCUGGGAUGAGCCUGCUGCAUUUUGUUGCUCUGGAAGCCCAAAAGAAAGAUGCUGCUCUUCUCAACUUUUCAGAAAAAAUUAGGGAUGUUCAUGAUGCUGCCAGGUUAUCCAUUGAUAAUUUAGAAGCAGAGCUUCAGUCACUGUCUUUUAAAGCAAGAUCGGUUAAAGAUAGCAUUCGACGAGACCCGAAACUCUUUUACCAGAUGGAAAGCUUUCUGCAGUUUGCUGUAAGGCAUCUAAAAGAGCUUGAACACCAGAAACGGGAAUUGCAAAAGGAAGGAAACGCUCUCAUUGACUUUUUCUGUGAGGACAAAGAAACUAUGAAGUUGGAUGAAUGUUUCCAGAUAUUCAGGGACUUCUGCAUUAGAUUCAACAAGGCUGUUAAGGAAAACAGGGAACGAGAGAUUCAGGAACUUCAUCAUCUGCAAAGGCGAAAGGAGCUGGAGGAGAAGCGUCGAUCAUGGGCAGCUGGAGAGCUUGGGAGCUUUGGACGGAGCAGCAGUGAAAAUGAUGUGGAAAUGUUGGCCAAAAAAGGACUUGAGGAGUUUCUUCCCUUCUUGCAGCAAAGACCUCAAAGCCCUUCAUACAGAAACCCCAAUUCUAGACGUUCUCGACUUUCUCUGGGGAUUACUGCAGACAGGGAGCUGCAGAGUUUCCUGGAAAUCUCAAAAGAUGAGGAUCCAAACAAGUUUAACAGCCUUCCCCGUGCAAACACCCGACAAGCAAGACCCAACGUGGCCUGGACUGAAUCCAAAGAAACUAGAGAUCUCAACUUAAAUACCUUGCACUUGCACCAGCAGUCUGAAACCAAAGUGAAAAGCGGUGACGUCCUGCAGUUGCCCCCAGCACAGUCCAGUCACUUCGCUGGCUCAGCCGGUCCUGGUGCCCGUUACCCACUGAGAAGCACCAACUACAACAUGCACACUUCGAAUGCCUCCUGUGAGGAGUCCGCUGACAUAAACGCUCUGGCCCUGGCAAUUGAGGAGCACGAACUUGUUAAAGGAUUACGUAAGUUUGAUAUUCAAGGAGCAAAGCCCGCAGAAGAUACACCUCUAAUAUACUUAGAGGAUGUUGGUGGGACAGACUUGGAGACUCUAGAUGAUCUAAGCUUGCAUUCCCUUAGCACUGCUGAUGAUGACUUGCCUCCAGCUUGCAGGAGCUCCAGAGAGGCUCAUGACCAUAAAGCCAAGGCAGUGGGUUGCAAGAGCGAAGCUUCAGAGCCCAGCAGCAACAGCCCCAUGUCUAUGGAUACAAGUGGUUCUGGAAGUAGGGAAGAUGGGCCAAUGUUCUACGUGUCGGAUACUACGACUGACUGUUCUUUGACGCUGGACUCUGAAGAGGGAAAUGAUUUCAAAUCGGUAGGCAACGAAGUAAGAAGUGAGGCUGGCAAAGCACGUUCUUCUGUGAGUGGUGCUCAGUACAGGUCUAGAACGCUCUUCUCAAACCUGAAUACUGCGUCUGCCAAGGAUCUGUCUCCUCACACUUCCACAAAUGAUAAGGAUGAUGCCAACAGCAAGCAUGUGCUUUCUAAAGAAAAGUCCAUAAAAAAUAAGGAUGCGGUAGGACCAAAGAGAAACUCUCUAAAGGAUAGAUCUCCAAGUUCCUCAAAAUCCAGUGGCACUCGCCCAAGCCACACAGCUUCUUCCAGACCUGUAAGAACUUUGAAUGCCUCUGAGAAUGAAAGUAUGAGGAAAGUGGUGCCUAUUUCUCGGUCUAACAAAGCACCAAGCAGUGUGAAAAAGCCUGAAGCCAAGCCGGCACCUCGUGAAACUAGUACAGUGGAGAGUCGUCUGUCUCGUCGCAGCUCUGUCCGAGGCACAACCGACACACUGCCAAGAAGUCCUUACAGGCACAGCAUGUCAGUAGAAGAGCCAAAGUUACAGAGGGGGACUGUGACCUCAAGCAGUGCUCAUUUUGAGAGGGACAGAGUCGCUCUCAAGAAGCCUGUCUCUAAACCUAUUAGGAGUACUGUAAAAUCAAAGACAGAUGAAAUAAAGAUCUGUCGCUCCAGCGUAAAACCACAGACCCCUACAGAUGACACCAAAGUUGCCCCAGUCAGUGUUCCCAAAACACCAUCCGCCGUCCCCAGCUUUGCAAGGAAUACAGUGGCUUCUUCUUCAAAGCGUGCAAAAGUGGAUCUAUCCAGCUCAUCCAGACCUCCAACCAUCACAAGGUCUGUGUCCCAGAGGCUGCCUAAAGCGAAGCCAGCAGCGACCUCUGAUGAGAUGAGUCCAAAGGAGAACGGAGGCAGUACUUUAAAGAGAGCAAAUAGUGCCAGAGUGGUUGGGAGAAGCCUCCUCCAAGGAGACACUGUCAGCACAAAAGUGGAGCCUUCAGCAAAAGAACAGGGAACGGAGGAAAAGUCCUCUCUUAAACUGAAAGAUGCAAACCGGACCACAAUAGGUAAAAUACUAAAGCCGUUACUGAAGUAAGGGAGAGGUUUUGUGAAUCUUGGAAUGUGAACACUUGUUCAAGCACUGGAUGUCUGUGUCGUGGAACUCCUUAAAACGGUAACAUUGCUGAUAAGCAACAUCAUGUGCUCUUUAAAGUACCGCACACCACUGGAAAAGGGCAACUACUUGUGUUCUGGUCUAAAUCCUUUUUUUAUGAAUUUGAAUGUAUUUGAAGCUACUGUUAUGGAAUAAGAGUGUAACAGCAAGUCUUUGAGUAUUUAUCGUAUAGAAGGUCACCAAAAGCCAAAAAUUUUAAAGCAGUUAAACUACAAGAUGAAACGCGUUGUGACAGAAAACAUGGAUAAAGGCCAGUUUUUAUGUACAUAAGAUUAUUCCUAAGACUCAAGCGUUUGUGCUGGUCGGUUCCUUAUUUGAUGUUAAAGUGAAUCCUGUGGAACAGUACUGAAAAUGAACGUGGGUGAUUGUGCUUUUCGUUGCUUCUACUGCCUCGGAUUCAGGAACUCUUUUUUGCCUGUUGCAAAGUCCAUUGCUGGCAAUUGGACAGACUGGGAACUGCUGGCCAAAAAAUAGUAAAAUGGGAUAUUUUCUGUUUGUGGCUGUCUUUAACCUCACUGAAGAAUUUAUAGCAUGUUUUAUGAAUGUGUACGUGUGUCUGGAGAAAACUUUCUGCUGGCCAGGAGGCUUAUUCUCCAAGAAUGUGGCAGUGUUGUCUUGCAUGCACAAGUAGAUACGGCUGGUGCUGCACCGGGUAGCACAGCCGGAGGCUGUGCCUGCUGGAAGGGCCAUCAAUAACCAUUGCGAUGAUGACUACUCCUCAUCUGACUUGUUUUAGUCACAAGCAAACUUGCCAGCUUUGGGUCAUACAGAAGUGCCAUAUAUUUAUGAUACAUAUCAAGGAUGUUUGCAGUUCAAGUCUUGAAGGCUGCGUUGUAGUGCCGAGCACUUUCGUACUAUUCCAUGUUUCCACUGGUUUAUCUACUACCAAAUUACUUGAAUGUUGCAAUGGCUCUGAUUGAGCCAUCAGUUUCCCUGCCUCCUCCUCUUCCUCUCCUUGUCAACAGGAAUAUUUAGCAUGAAACACAGAGCUUACGCAUGACAAUGUUUUUGUAGACUUCCUUGGUUGCUUCAAAUGUGGUUUUUAAUGUUUAAAGACUCCAAAGGAUGACUUAAACUAGUAUUUGAUGAGCUUUUUACAAAACAAAAACAGCUCUUUUUCCUGCAGAUACAAAUUUUAACAUCUUACCAGACUAAGGUACAGAGAAUGAGGGAAAACUUGUUCAGCGUGCUAUGCAUCUUCCUAAGGGAAAAGUGUGUAGGUGAGGAAACUUAUCAUUGUUCUCCUAAGCAUCUUAUUUAAAGAGUUGCCUUUUUACCUGCUUACAAAUGAAGCCUCAUUUAAGAAUAAAAUAAAAGGAAAAUCUCUUCAGACAAGUGGCAUUGACUUACUAAUGGUAGAUUUGCUUGUCUGCUCUAUCCCUCGGUGCUGGAAUGAGAAAGAGCCUCUGGAUUGCUCACAUGCUUCUCAUGGGAUAGUAUCAGGGACAGCUACCUUUGUACUUUGAAUUUGGCAAGAGGCCCUUACUGCUUCCUUUAUACCAGCAAUUCUUAUUGCAGACACCAUACCCAAACACCAUCAAGUAUUACAUAGGGCUUCUUGUUUGAGUCUGUCCCACAGGGAGAAUUUGUAUAGCCCACUUUUUGGUAAGGGUGAAUUUUUGCUUGAAACCCUAUAAGCUUUUUGGAUGCUGCCUCCCUUGUGGGUUAGAUUUAAAAGAAAAAAAAAAUCUCCCUUUUCCUUAUUUGUAUCUGUGUGUAUGUAUGCACAUCUGCAAAAGCAGAUGAUCAACUCUUCUCCUUUAUUAAAAACAAAACAAAACAAAAAAAACUUUUAUUGGUAGUAAGCUUGAAAAAAUAAUUUAAAUGUGUUUGGAAUAUGUAAAUAAGUUUCUAUAAAUCUGUGUAAAAGAAAACUGAAUGUAUUUAAUGGAACAUUUAUACAUUUCGGAGUAACUUGGUAGUUUAAUAAAGUUCCCAUUUACUGGG